AUGGACAAGGACAGGAUCGUUCUUCAUCCAUGUCCGCCCGCUAGAACGGAGGAGCUGAUCUCAUGGAAGCCUCCUCCUCCCGAGUGGGUUACUCUCAACUCUGAUGGCUCCGUUCAUCAGGACUCAGGCUCUGCUGCAGCUGGGGGUCUGAUCAGAGAUCACUUAGGACGUUGCAUUGCAGCGUUCGCUUGUAACUUGGGGAUCUGCUCGAUCACCCGAGCGGAGUUGAGAGGCGCUGCGGAAGGGCUUCAACUGGCUUGGGAUCUGGGAUUUCGUCGCGUGAGGGUGGAGUUGGAUUCCAGAUGUGCCAUCCACCUUCUCAGCAGCAACGCGCACUCGGAUCAUCAGCAUAGUGCUAUUACUGACCGCAUUCAGGCGCUAUGUAAGCGUGAUUGGGAGGUUGUCUUUUAUCAUGUGUAUAGAGAGGGUAACAAGUGUGCUGAUUAUCUUGCUAGCCAAGGCCAUUAUUUGUCCCUAGGUGUCCAUUCUUUUCCUGUCAGUGACCCCACCUUGAUGUACUGGAUUUUGUACGAUGUCCAGGGGAUUUCUGAGCCCCGUCUGGUUAUGAAUGAAAGCUAG